CUGCCGCAUCAUUGUAAUUUUCACUCUAUUAAUACGGUGACACGCCGUCAUGUCUGCAGCUAUCUUCCUGAAAAAGGACAGCGAGGUUUUGAUAAAUGAGCUCCAGUAGCGUUUUUGUCAGGGUAACCCCUCAUUUCAUCUGUUGCCAGGGAAACACUAUGAUCCUUAGUGGUUGCUAAGGCAACCCCAGGUUGCUGUGACCCGCAUAUCUUCACCGGAGAAGUUCCUCCCAAAUCCAGCGAGGGGCAUCUGGAGGCUUUAGGGAGAUUUUUACAUCAACUGCCCUAACGUGUCAAAUCCUCCAACCGAGUGAAUCGAAUAAUUAGUGGGACGGACCACUAAGAAAAAAGUUUGUGUUUAGUCUGUCCUUCAGAGUUUCAAAUAAAGUUGUGUCUUCUUCCCCUUUCAGAUAAAAGUUGUCAAGGCCAGCCACGGCUUUUCGGUGGAGCCACUCCCUCUGCAGACUGUCAUAAUGAGGUGGAGAAGUGAAUAAAUCUGUGCCUUAUUGGUCCAGAGUUUUACCUUCAGUUGGCAGGGACUGAGUCUGGACACUUGGAUCUUUUCCCGAAUUGAGGGAGGAUUUGUGGGGUUUUUUUUUUAGUCUGCUCCAUCAGAGAGAUGUAAGCCUCCCUCUUUAAUCUCAGCCUCUGCUGCAGCUCAGGUUUCACUUUCACUCCGGUAUCGUCUUUUUCGCCCCUCAUAAGUUUGUUUCCUUUCUUCCCUGUUGAAAGACUGACAAAUUGGCGGCUAGUUUUGAACGCCACAAAUCCUUUCGACUCGAAUAUCUUCUUUUAUUUAAAUUCUGCAACACAAAUUCAGCUAUAGUUCCAUUUAAAACAGAUAUUCACACUCGAGUAGUGAAAUGUUGAUAACUUUUAUAAUUUAAGGAGAAAAAAAUACAAUUAUUAACACUAUAACACAACGAGAGUGGGGUAAAUAAAUGUGUUUACAAAAACAUGUUUGUGUCCCCUCCUCCUUCAAGUGUUUACUGUCACACUUCCUGUCAGCAGUGUGCCUCUUCCGCCAUCUGGUGGCCAAGCGGGUGAACUUCAAGGAUUAAUAACGUGGAAUGUGUUCUUCAUAAAUCUGUUCAUUAAACCGGUGUAAAUGUGUCAUAAUGUUUUAACCUUGUAAAUUCACAAACACCUUCAUAUUUACUCAUUAAAUACUUUCAAUAAAACUUUGAUUAACCCACCACAUUUAAGUUAAUCAAUCACAGUAAAAAUAGAGGUUUUAAAAAAACAAUUUCUUUGAAGGUUCAUAUUUCUUUAGGAAAGAGGAUCAAGGGGAUUAUUUAAAGGGAAUCAUACUUCUAUGUGCACACACACAUAAAUAGUAAGUUAAAUAAAACAAAUAAGAUCUCAUGUGUCAUUGCCAAAAACCUGACAGUCUGCCAUCUGGUGUGUAAACCCCCCUCUCUUCUAAACAUGGGACAUUUACAAGACAUGGGUGGGUUUGGCAGAGGAACAGAUGACGGGAUUCUCCUCUAAAGCUUGUGACAGUCACCCAGCUGACACGUACUAAAAUUCCUCCUUGAAUGGGAGUCGGAUGGUCGCAUGACAACAAACAAAUAUUUUUUAAAAAUCCUCUAAAUAAGCUAAAAUUGAACAUGAAACCUGGAAGUAGUUGGAAGUGUUGGUUUAUUUACUUUUUUUUAAGCAGGAAAAGUCAAACUUACCAAUCACAAACUGAGUGUCAGCUCUGUCACCUUUCUAAUUAUAAACCUGAGGCUUGACUCUCCCAGAAUGGAAGUUUAUCCAGGCCCCCCGUGUGGCCUAAAUUUAGCCCCCCACAUUCCCUGAGUAAGAACCCCGACCCCCAUUGUCAGUUUCCACACACAAACUCCACUUUGACAAAUCGUGGAGGCUGCAGGGACGUCACACACUCUCCUUGGAGGACUUCUUUUUCUGCACGUGACCUGUGAUGGAGUUUUGAGAUUCUUCUUUUGGGAUUUACAUUGAGAUGGAAAGCGUCUGACUAGCCUGGAGUUCCCUCGGAGCUCUGGGUCCAGCUGUCAACAUGAGUUUAAUGGACAUUUCUAAGAUCUUCUCCCUGCUGCAGCCGAAGGAGGAAGACGAGGACAAGGAGCAGUGUCAGGCUCUGAGCAGCGCCGUGAGCACAGACGACGUGACUCUGCUGUCUGAGCUUCUCUCUCAGGAGAAUUACAGGCGGUACAUCAAUACUCCAAGUGGGUGGGGGGUCCCCGUAACCCCCCUGCGCACCGCUGCCGCUCUGGGACACCUGAGGUGUUUGGAGCUGCUGUUGGAGCACGGUGCAGAGGUAGACGUUUUGGAUGUAAAGGCCCAGACCCCUCUGUUCACUGCGGUCAGCGGCAAACAUCUGGACUGUGUGGUUUCCCUCCUGAAAGCUGGAGCCGACCCGAACGGCAGCCAGUACAACAACUGCUCCCCUCUGCUGACGGCGGCACGGGAGGGCGACGUGGAUAUCCUGCGAGAGCUGCUGCGCUUCAGGGCGGAAGUGGACGUCAAACCCAAAGUGCCAGAGUGGGCCUCCAAUGCCACAACCUGCAGAGGGCCCCUCUACCUGUCAGCUGUUUACGGACACCUGGACUGCUUUAAGCUCCUCCUCCUCCACGGAGCCAACCCCAACUACAACUGCACGGAUGAGAAGAUGCUGGCGAGGAUCAAGCAGCCAAAGACGGUCCUGGAGGUGUGUCUCCGUUACGGCUGUGGGGUGGAGUACAUUCAGCUUCUCAUCGACUUUGGAGCCGACGUGUACUUACCUACACUCAUCAUCGACAAAACAACGAAGCAAAAUGAAGCUCUGCUUCUGCUGCUCAAGGAAAGAGUUUGCCCUAAAACACUGAUGUCGCAGACUCGACUGAUGAUUCGAAGGUGCAUCUGCCUUGCAAACAAGGAGCCUGCAAUUGACAGAUUGGACAUUCCCAUGACCAUGAAGAACUAUUUGAAACACCACAUCUCCUAACGUGAACCAUGUUCAUGGAUGGAUCAACUGGACGGAGGACAGUUAGAGCUACUAUGAGCUCCAAGCUAAAUGUGGAUGGCCCCAAGAAAAGGCUAUAUCCGCUUUCUGUAUGAGUGUGUUAACGUUCAAGGGUUUUGCAAAAAGUCCACAGGAGCUCAUCAGAGAGGAAAGUUAACAGAGCGUUCUCAUGGAUACACUGUUUUCGAGUCUCCAACAGCGUUUGUUGAUCCAUUAAUAAUGUUUAUCUACCUUAUAAAGCCUGAUUGAAUGGCUACUGUCUUAAGAAACACAAGUUAAACAUAGCUACACAACCCGAGAGUCACAGUCAAACACAAAAAGAAAACCGAUUGUGUGCUUCAGUCCAUCAUUAAAAGACACUUGAGAGUCCCAAUAGAACAACUUCACCUCUUCAACUGUAACAGUUUGUAUAAAAUUUACGAUUGUCACCACUACUUUUUGACAUGUUCAAGGUUGUAUUGUUAAUUUUGUAUGGGAUAUUAUCAAUAAAAAAAGUACAUCUCACCAUUUAAAAUACCAACCAGAGUCAGAAUAUUCAUACAUUUUCUAAGAAUCGAGACAUUUAUUGAAGUGGGUUCAAAUCCUGGUUUUGGGGUUGGCACCAUCCCCUCAUCAUCCAACAAUAAGAAGGUUCUGGUUUAAUGUUCCCUUCUUCCCACAAGCCAAACAAAAACCAAACGUGUAGUUAGAAGGGAUAUUGUAAGGUAUUCCUUUGGAGUAUUGUUGUUGUUGUUGGGGUGGAAACGUGUCCCAUCAGGACUCCACCAUGACAACAGCAGGGAUAGACUCCAGAAAGUCCCUGACCCGAUUUAAGACCAAGCAGAUAUAUUCACAUUUAACCAUUUAGUGACUUCAUUUAUUUCUGGUAGGAAAAUUGAACCAGUUCAGCUUUAAAAUACAGUCAAUGGGUUAAAUGCCCGGGGACACAAAGCUUAAACUACCUCAGAUACCCCACACUCAACAGAGAUAGAUGAUGAAUAAAUGAGGGCGCCAAAUAAAAAAAAAUUAAAAUACACUAAUUGAUUAAUGGUACAUAAAUGUUUUCAUACAUAUCAUCCAGAGGGGUUUAUUGUUUUAAACUCAAACUUCCCAAUUUGAAAAGUGUAGCACCACCACUGACCAGUAGAGGCCGGUG